AUGGGGGAAGGAGAAGGCACUUGUCCUCCAGAGGUUGGGGCAUUUCUCAUUGCUGUAGGUCAGCUGCAGUGUCCGAACUUUUCAGAUCCAACUGAUGAGAGUCGAGCGGCGGCACUUUGUGGAGGAACGUUAGCUGUAGCGCUGCUGUUGUAUUCAAUGCUGCCGUAUAUAGGAAUUAAAAACAGAAAGCGACGUCAGAGUCAUCUGAAAGCAAGCAAGGACAGGAUACAUGCAAGUAAAGACUUUUCUACACCGAUGACGUUAGAUAGAAUAUAUCGGCAAACAUGGGAAGGGUCAUUGAAUGAAGGGAUUGAAGCUGUGGGUGCACAUCAAGCAGAGCUUCGAAAGAGACAGUCACACACCACUGAAAGCGCACGAUACGAUUCUGGAGCGGAACUCUUACUCGUCAAACUCCCUGAUUUUAAUGACGAACGAGGCUGGCGUGACUUUUUUGAUUCCAAAAUUUAUCACGAGAAAGUUCACAGAGAACAACAAUCUGUGACGAAACGAGUUUCGAGCAUCAUUACGCGAUGUGACUUGACCCCAAAAGGAUCCACUUUUACUACGCGCAGUAAGCUUCGUCAUACCAAGUCUACGCCAGUCUUUGUUGUGCCGUCUAGUAAGAAGAGAUACGAGACAAUCAAAGACAAAAUCGAUCAAGCAGCGACAGAGGCUGCCAUGGAUGAAGCCCAAACCUUUUACGAGUUCUGGCAACUAUGA